UUCAAGAUGGAUAUUUGGCGAUUGUUAUUUUUUGUUCCUUUAUUUUCUUAUGCAGUUGCAAGAAGAAAUGAUUUAUACGCAGGAUAUACAGUCCACGGCGUGCAUCUACAAGAUCGAUCUGAUCUUUCCGUCCUUUAUGACUUGGAGUUGAAACUUGGCUUGGACUUCUGGCAGCGUGGUGCUCCUGGGCAACGCGAUGCACAUAUCAUGGUAUCACAAGAGAAGAGGAAAGAAUUUUUGGAUACACUGGACAGAAAUGGAAUAGAACAUUACCUUCAUUUUAGCAACGUUCAAAAUGUUCUCGACAAACAUGACAAAGAUGUGGAAUUUUGGCGAAGCAGAAGAAAUUCUAGAAGCUUCCCAUUUGAAGAUUAUCUUCGAUAUACAGAGAUAGACGCUUAUCUAGAUAGAAUAGCAGCACAAUAUCCAGAAGUAGUCACCUUGGUUAACGCAGGUUUAAGUUAUGAGGGGAGAAAUGUUAAGUACCUUAAGAUUUCGACAACGAAUUUCACAGACACAAGUAAACCCAUAUACUUCAUGAACGCUAUGAUACAUGCACGUGAAUGGGUCACCACACCUGUAGCGAUGUACUCUAUCUAUAGACUGGUCGAAGAAGUACGAAGUAAUGAGCGUGAUUUACUUGACAGCACAGAUUGGAUAAUCAUGCCGUUAGUCAAUCCUGAUGGCUAUGAAUACAGUCACACUGAUGAUCGCUUAUGGCGUCGUACACGCUCCUACAAUCCUGCAGUGAGUGAAACUUGCUACGGUGUUGAUGGCAAUCGCAAUUUCAAUGUAUCAUUUAACACCAUCGGAGUAUCGUCUGAUCCUUGUUCCAAUAUUUACCCUGGAGUCAGUCCAUUCUCUGAAGUAGAAAUGGGCUACGUUCGUGACGUUCUUCAUGAAUACGUUGAUCGUAUGCAAGUGUACCUUGAUAUUCACAGUCAAGGGAAUUACGUAUUAUUUGCGUAUGGUGAUGACACUCUACCACCAAAUGCUGUAGAAUUACACCAUGUCGGUUCAGUUAUGGGAGCAGCCAUUGAUGUUCAAAAAUUGCCGGAAGCAUUAUAUUAUAUUGUUGGUAACAGUGCUUUUCUAAUGUACGGAACAUCUGGCACAGCUCAAGAUUAUGGACAGCUUAUUGGCGUUCCUUUCGCCUACACAAUAGAACUACCGGGACACGGUUAUGGGCACGUCGUUCCACCGCAAUACAUCGAACAGAUGGUUGAAGAAACUUGGCAAGGAAUCGUCGCCUCCGCUCGUGUGUCUGCAAUAUAUUAUCAAAAUCGAAACUAA